CACAUACAAUCUGCUAAACGCGCGCGCCGCGCGGCCACGACAAGGCGCUUUGCGUAUACGUGUGCCAGUGGCGGUGAGGUCAGCGCAGGAGAAGGACUCGCGGCUCCUUCCGCAACUCUGCGCCCGACGGGAGCCGGCUUUGAGGCAGUUCAAGGACCCCGACUCACGGCAAAGAUGGAGAAGAAAAAAGAAGUUUUUAGCAUCGCCUCGGCGCCCUCACAAACAACACUCAACAUGUCAUCCACGGUAACCUUGGCAGAAAAAGAUCCCGACGCCAUGUACGACCCGUUUGCACACCGAGAUACGGACAACCAAUACUCGAACAUGGGUGCCUUGGCGCACUUGCUCAAAGGCAGCCUAGGCUCGGGCAUCCUCGCUAUGCCCAUGGCCUUCAUGCACGGCGGGCUCGUCUUCGGCUUCAUCGGCACCUUUGUCAUUGGUUUCAUCUGCACACACUGCGUCCAGAUCCUAGUGGAGUCGGCGCAGACCCUGUGCGUGCGGCUGCGUAUCCCGGCGCUGGACAUGGCUGGCACCGCCGAGAAGGCCUUCUCCUCCGGGCCGCGGCAGCUGCGGCCUUAUGCAACGGGUGCAGGAAAUUUUGUAACGACCUCCCUUUUUUGUACAUACUACUUCGGCCUGACUGCGUACGUCGUCUUUAUUGCGAAGUCCGUCCAACAGCUCAUGGACCAGUGGGUGGGCAAGCCGGACAUCCCUGAGAUUGCCUACACGCGCGUGUUCAUCGCGCUACUCGUCGUGCUGCUCAUACCCCUCUCACUCAUACGCAAGCUCAAGCAACUCGUCCCCUUCUCCAUGGUGGCCAACAUGUGCAUUGUGGUGGGCUUCUCCAUCACCCUUUACUACCUGUUCGACGACAUCCGUGACCCAGUGGCUGAGAAACUCAACUUUAACACCAGCCUCAAAGGGCUACCCCUUUUCUUCGCCACUGUUUUGUUUGCCAUGGAAGGCAUCGGCACGGUGAUGCCCGUGGAGAACACGAUGCGCAACCCCAAGAGGCUGAUCGGCUGGAACGGCGUGCUCACCAUCGCCAUGGUGGUGGUCGUAACCCUCUUCGCGCUCAUGGGUCUGUUCGGCUACCUGCGCUACGGCCCCUUGGUCGAGAAUGGUAGCAUUACCCUGAAUCUUCCCGGCGGGGAAAUCCCCGCCCAGAUCGUAAAGCUGCUUCUGGCCGUUGCCAUCCUGUUCACGUACCCACUGCAGAUGUACGUCGCCAUCGGUAUCAUGUGGGCUGUCAUCUCGCCACGCGUGCGCACCUCGUGGCACGCGUUUGCUGACGUGGCCAUGCGCGUGGUCAUGGUGCUGGGCACCCUCGUGCUCGCGCUGGCCGUGCCCAACCUGGGACCAAUCAUCGGACUCAUCGGGGCGCUCUUCUUCUCCACGCUGGGGCUCUUCAUCCCCGCCGUGGUGGAGCUGGCCACCCGCUGGGAGGAGGGCCGCGGGUGCAGCGGGACCAACUUGUACCUGGCGCUCAAGAACGGCGCUCUCAUCCUCCUGUCGAUCAUGUCCAUCGUGGCGGGCGGGUACUCGUCGGUGCUGGACAUAAUCAAAGCGUACGGAGAGAACACCGCCGACAGCUGAAGGGUGACAACAGUGACUUCACGAGAAGGCUCCGGCCCCGGCCGGGUCUAAAACCUUGGGCCAAUAGUGGCCUCGUGGUUAGUCAAGUCAAGUCAAGAUCGAACUGUUGGGAAAUUUCCUCUCAGACAUGUACUGAUUGUUUUUGUCCGUUAAAACGUUACAAUUCUUUACAGAAGAAAUUAUUGAUCAAUUUGCCAACUAUGCCAUACAGUUUUUGUUCAAUAUCUAUACUACUAGAAUGUCAAAAUGUCAGUAUAUAAAAAGGAAUUAAUGCGUUUCACUGGUAUUCUUUUUGGUCAGUAUUUCUGCUGCGUGGAAAACUAACUAACUAAAAGGGUGGCAAAUAUCAGUAACGGGUGGGGGUGCUCUAUCUGGCUUUCAAGGAAAAGUUAAUGACAGCUGACUACGUCCGGGAUCUCGCUUUAGACUAUACAGGGAAUCCCGUAGAAAUAAAAUUGUAUUUCUAUGCGAUUCCCUUACGUAUAUUUCUUUUUCGUUCCGUUCGUAAACGUAUUUGAAGAACGACAGGGAACGACACAUAUUUAACCGUGACUGAUUUUGCUGAUACGUUUUUAAAGGACAUUCAAGAAAAGUUCGAAUGGAGACCACAAAUUGGAAUUGUAUUUACCUACUGAGUUUGAAACCCAGAUAAUUUGUGUAUUAUGGUUACUUAUACAUUUAUUCGUUUUGUGUUUUUUUGUAAUUUUGUAAUUGUGUGCGAAUCUAUCUCCCUGAACUUAUCAUUUCUUCGCAUCUGGUUAAAGCGGCAUGUAUUCUUCCGUUGGGGUUAUGGACCACUUUUUCUGGUCUUAAAUUUUAAUCAAAGUGAUAGCAAUUUGUCUUGUUUUAUCUGAAACGCAAUCCCGUGGAUUGCUAGGAAUUCUCACAGAUCUGCGGUAACAAUUUAUUAGGACAUACAGUAGUCAUAGAAAAUAGGCUCUUUGUGAGUCCUGUAUAUAUUUACUAGCUUGCAUUGACAAUUGCAACAGUUUACAUCCACUUUUGCAACAGCAAUGAUAUGUAAUCUUCGUAAAUGUUUUCGGGUACCACCAUGAAGCUGGAGGGAAGUUCUAUGGGUUUUUUUUAACAGUUUAAGUACUGGACAAGGGGAUGAACACAUUUUGAACUACAUAGGUGUGUCAGCUUUUUCUAUGUUCACACUAAUGCUACUUUUUCCGUUUUAUCUGAGUAUUUAUGUAUUCCAAUUAAGAUGCAUUAAGAUAUGGUUGUUAGUUUCAGAGGCGGUCUUAAGCCCCCCUGACAAGUGCGGUGGUGUUGUGUAUGUUGCCUGUUCGCUCAUUCUCUGUAUAAAAAAAUAUCUCUAUUGCCGUGAAAUGUUACCAUUUGAGUGACGUUGGAUUUAUUUGCACUCUGUGAUAGCUUUCUUUACAAGCACUGUCAUCGCAUUCCGGUCCUUCAAAGGAGAAAUGUAAGCUUUACUAGGAGCUUUGUAUUUUAAAUCCAAAGCGAUGGUUAAAUCUUUUUCCAGUAAAUCGUUUUUGUUUAGUAUUUUGAAUAGCUUACAUUUUGUGAUAUUUGUUAAGUAUGUGGGUGCAGUAUUAUGUGUACACUGUACAUUUUGUGUCAUAUCUUUAGUAAUUUUGUGUAAUUAUUAUUUUAAGGUAUAAUAAGCACGCCCUUAAAUGUGGGAGUUUCUUAGGAUACAGGUCUUGAAAAGCGAUUGUUCUUAUUGCUUGGUACUAAAAUCCUCAAGAUCUGUUACUUGCGAAGCAAUAGUUUUCUCAAACAAAUAAUUAUACUACAAAAAUAUCAACCAAAAAUGGUCAAUGAUCUGACCCCGCCAAGUAUUUGUCAGCAUUAGCAUAUCAACUGUACAAAAUUUCAGAAAAACAAAAAGGAAAAUUGUUUUCAAAGAUAAGAAUUAACGAGUUGUUUACAUUACCAACCAGACCAACUUAAAGUGUAGCAGCUUCGACAUGGAGAAAUUUCCAAUUUAAAGUUUUGUGAGUUGUUACCGAUAUUUUGUGACAACUAAAGAUCAAUUAUUUUAUUUUUGGGUUUAUUGGUCUUACCAUGACAGAGUAGCUACUGAAUUCAUAAUGUAUUUAGCAUUAAAUGUUUUGAGUGAAA